UGUCGAUCGGGUGAAAAGGCGGAGGAGUGAGUGAGCACAACGGGGAUUUCAACAAAGCUCGACCUCUCCGUCAUCCAUUAAUCAUCAUCCGCUUCCGCUGUCUUCUUUAUUCUUCCUUUCCUCUCUUGAGUUCAGUUCAGCCAUCUUACUGUUACACUUUUCUACUUGAUUGAUUUCUCUCUUUAGUCGCCUCCCCCCGCCCCCCCCCCCCCCUUCCCACCACAAAACCACACUUUUCACACACACAGACAGUAGAAACUAUAACGUCCCACAUCUGAAAUGGCCGUCCCAUUCGCGACCCUAUCAAAUGUUGGCCCGGUUUCAGCUCCAAUCAGGACUCUGUGUCCUCUGAAGAUUUCAAGAAUUUCAAUCCCAUCAUGUUGUCUUCCCAAGCCCAUCCCAGCCACUGUAUCUACUGCAAGUCAUUCCACCUUCCUGUCCGGUUCCAGCCGCCUCACGUCUUCCUCCAACUCAUCAAACCCUUUGCUUCUCAGCAAACGCGGCGCUUUUCUUCUUUCUGUCCGAGCCAUGUCCGAGGAGGCUUCGUUACAAUCCAAAGUAACGCACAAGGUAUAUCUAGACAUCAGCAUUGGAAAUCCAGUAGGGAAGCUUGCUGGCAGGAUUGUCAUCGGAUUGUAUGGGGAUGAUGUCCCCCAAACUGCCGAAAACUUCCGUGCUUUGUGCACAGGAGAGAAGGGUUUUGGAUACAAGGGUUCCAGCUUCCACCGUGUUAUCAAGGAUUUCAUGAUUCAAGGAGGAGACUUUGACAAAGGCAAUGGAACUGGCGGUAAAAGUAUCUAUGGCCGCACAUUUAAAGAUGAAAAUUUCAAGUUAUCUCAUACUGGACCUGGAGUGGUUAGCAUGGCAAAUGCUGGACCCAAUACCAACGGGAGUCAGUUUUUCAUUUGCACUGUCAAGACACCAUGGCUGGACCAGCGGCAUGUUGUGUUCGGGCAAGUUUUGGAGGGGAUGGAUAUUGUCAGGUUGAUCGAGUCGCAGGAAACUGACAGAGGUGAUCGUCCUAGAUUGAGGGUGGUUGUCAGUGACUGUGGCGAGCUGCCAGUGGCCUAAUAUGGGAUUCCCUCUGCGUGUUCAUGUUCAGGGUUUUGUUUGCCCCUUAAUUUUUUUGGGCCUGCCUUUUUGAUGUAGUGGGCUGUUUCCCUAGUGAGGCUUAAUCCGAGUGUUUAGGCUUUUGUACUGUACUGUCAGAGCUGCUAAUGAUACAGGAUUAUGGUCCAAAAACUGGUAUUUCUGGGACAACUAAAAUGUUACUUUAGCUUAGUCCAUCGUGAGAAUACAUUGCGUUACCGACCUACUAUAAUCUUUCAGUGAAAUGGCAGUGUUUAUUUUGUUGCUCUGGGA